AUGUUUGGAGGAAAUUUCUCUCUCUUCCCCCUCCUUCCAGGCGAAAUUCGAGAUCAAAUCUGGGACCUCUCAACACGUCCCAUCGGCUCCCGAGGGGUCCACUACUUUUCAGUUUUGGACAUCCGUGAAAAUAUCACAUCAAUCCCGCAUGCAAUCAGAAGGCACGUCAUCAGCUCGACCUCCAAGCAUCAGCGCCAGAUUCUUGCAGUCCCGUCACUCGCGAACGAGACAUCUUGCCCAUCCUGGUUCGACGGCAACCAGUCGACCUACGCCAUCGACGGCGGGCUCUGGACCGCAUGCAAGGAGUCACGCGCGGCGAUGUGUCGACGCUACAAGCCGGAGGAUUGGGUCGACCUCUGGAGAAAGCAACGCGAGCAUUACGGCAAUGGACAGAGAUAUCUCUGCGAUUUGAUAGCUACCUAA